UCGUCUGUGUGCACCUCUCGGGUCCUUUCUCGCUCGUUUUUCUUGCGUCGACGAGGGGUUUAUUUUGUUUGUUUUCCUCUUACCUAUACUGACCCUCUGCUCUGCUGGAUUACGGACCUCUAUUCCUUUUUAUAGGCUCUCUUUUUCCAUCUCCAUUUCCAUCCACCAUGUCGGUCCCACCUGCUGCCACCGGAUCGGCCAGCGCAGGCGGCCUCGUGCCCGUCGCCAGCAUGGCCACCUACUUUGACACAUUCCGCCAGAAGCUCUACAUCCGCGGUAUCCUGGGCAAGAAGAACGACCGCUCCGCCGACGGGCGACCAUACGGAAUGCGCAAGUGGACAAGGUGGUACGUUGAGCUGCGCGGCCCCGUUCUGAUGUUUUGGAAUCUGCUCGACUCCCAGCUGUCCGCCUACCUCGAAGAUAUCACCGCCAUGGUCGACGGCCGCGUGCAGCCGGGGUCGCCCGAGUUCGAGCGCACAGUUGCCCACAUCAAAAACAUCGUGACAAAGCCCAACUUCAUCAACAUCACCGACGCUGCCUGCGCCGUCGUCGGCAAGCUCAAGAAGCGCGACAGCGUCUGGACCCUGCAUUCGUCGGGCGCCAACCGCUUCUUCAUGCAGUCUGUCGACGACCGCGCCAUGAACGACUGGGUCAGGGCCAUGCGUCUGGCCUGCUUCGAGGCCACAAAGCUCUACGAGUUCUACACUGCCGCCCUGGUCAACGAGCGCUAUCCUGCCAUCCUGGCCGACGCACGCCCGACCGAGUACCACGUGCAGGUGCGGUUCUCAGGCACCAACGAGUGGGUGCCGUGCCACAUGGUGCUCGAUGCAGGCAAGCAGCCGACCCAGAUUGCCUUCUUCUCCGAGGAGAGCCCGGCCCAGCUGGCGCUGAUGAAGGCGAUCCGAAGCGCCUACUCGGUGUUCCCCGACAGCAUCGACCUGGUCGACAACGCGGUCAUUGCCAAAUUCGAGGGCGACUGCGAGAUCGACCAGUCGCUGCUUCCCAAGCCCGACGAUGCCGAGAGCGGACCGGAGCUCGCUGGCCAGUGCUGCCCGCGCCUGCGGAUCCUACGCCCUGGUGAUCUUCCAGAACCCAGGCGAGAUGGUGUCGGCGCUGGUCGAGACGGCCAGCCAGUACAAGCUGUAUGGCCAGCCCGUGGCCUUCAUGCCCGACGUCCUGCCGAGCCGCAGCGACCUGUAUCUGCUGCCUGACGACAUCGCCAGCAAGUCAGUCGAGAUCAUGGAGCCUGUGACUGCGCGCAGGAUGCUCGAGAAUCUGGCUACCGAGCGGUGUGCCAAGCCGAUGGUGCGCCAGGAGGUCCACCACCAGGCAGCUGAGUCUAGGUCAGCCUCCACUCUCGGCGCACCGCCUGCCCCGGCUGCUGAG